GGAGAUGACACACCAUCUCCACACAGUGGAUUCAAUAGGGGAGCAGAAAUAAAACAAAAACAAGCAAGAGGACAGGGGAUACUGAAACACAGGCAAAAUAAACAGCAUUAAGAAAAAUACAAGAGACAGAAAGAGAGGCUGAGAGGCAGUGAGAGAGCUACACAGAGAGAUAUAGAGCGAGAGAGAGAAAGAGAGAGAGAGAGAGAGAGAGAGAGAGAGAGAAGCAGAGCUCCCUAACUCCAUUGAUUCCCAGACUGGCUGGCUGGCUGGCAGUAAGCUCUCUGUGCUCUGAUCUGCCCGCUCUGAUGGGGUUUCAUGCCCGUGCAGGCAGUGCUGGGGAUCCUGAGGGCAACACAGGUUUCUGCUGCUGAUCUCGGCCUCUCUAAUCCCUACCUAUUGACCAUAUCAGCCUACACAGAUGAGAGCCAGGACAGCUUAUCUCAACCUACUACUGACUGCUAAUGGGUCAUCAACCAAUGACAGCCACUAGAAUCCAGAAAGGGAGCUAAAAGAAGAUUGAACGCGAGCGGCCCAAGGACGACUGGCAGAUAUGAGAGUGGUACUGCUGUGUGCCCUCCUCGCCCUCCUCUCUUCGUCACAUGCCUGUCCAAAGGAGUGCAGCUGCAACAGCAACACCAAAGUAGUAGACUGCCGGGGUCGAGGCCUAUACGACAUCCCCCGACGACUGCAUCCGGACACCCAAGAACUGUAUCUCCAGGAUAACCGUAUCAGGGGGCUGGGAUCGAUGGCUUUCCGAGAAAUACCACUCGUCCGCAUUCUUGAUCUAUCUAAUAACUCUAUAACAUCUGUUUCGCCGACUGCGCUGCUGGGUCUCAGGACUCUACAGCGCCUAAGCCUGGCCUACAACAGCCUGAGAGAGCUUGAUAAGCGGUUGCUUGGACCUAUCCGCUCCCUUUCGCACCUUGACCUCUCACACAACAGCCUGUGGGGUUUGCCUGGAGCCAUGGGGGACAGUUUGAGGAACCUCAGCCACCUCGGGCUAGCGCACAACAGGCUAACGCGACUGGACCGUUCCCUGUUGGAGGCUCUGACCCGCUUGGACAGCCUCACACUACGAGGCAACCCCUGGAGGUGUGACUGCCAGCUCAUAGGCCUCAAACUCUGGCUGGAGUCCUACCUCUUCAAAGGUGGAGUGGUGGAUGAGGUGCUUUGCUCCCAGCCGGAAGAAAUGAGGGACAGAGACCUGCAGAAGGUCCCUUACCAGCUCUUCCACGCCUGCAUGACCACAAGCUACCAUUACCUGUUUGCAAACAUACACCACCUGGAGUCUGAGAGGCUACUGCGAGGCCACACCCAUGGCAACCAUGCUCAUCCUUCCAGCCACACUGUCCAUGUCCCCAUGGCAAUGGGGGAGGGUUUCGGUGGAGGGGGAGGAGGAGGAGGAGCAGGAGCAGGAGGGGGUUUGCCAGAGUGUGAACCUAAGCAGAGGCAGCGGCCUGUCAACUUGCGCCACGCAAUUGCCACAGUGAUCAUCACUGGCGUAGUGUGUGGGAUCGUGUGUCUGAUGAUGCUGGCUGCAGCAGUGUACGGCUGCGCCUACGCCGCUAUCAUGGCCAAAUAUCAGCGGGAGCUUAAGAAGAACGAGGAGUUGGCAGCAGCGCAGGGGGCAGAUCAUGCCACAGCAGAUGAGAAGGAACCACUGGAGAAUGCUAUCGCCUAGGACAUGAUGGCAUGAACCCUGGACUUAAAAACCUGGGCCUCAACCCUUUAACCUAAUCCUCUUUGGCUGCCAUGUGUGUGUGUUAGUGCAUGUGUGAGUAAGAAGGAGAGAGUGAGAUUCUGUACGUGCGGGCGUGUGUGUAUGUUCACCUCCUUUCUGAGACUUGGGUAGCUAAACUCCACAGGUAUUUGACUAUGCACUGAUGAGAAGAGUAUCUUCUGCUAAAUGCGGGUCCGAGGGGCAGGCCAAAGAAUCCAAAGGGAAUCAAUUCCAUUUUGUCUGAGAAAUGCAUAUCACAGAUAGGAACAAAUUGCUAUAUAUUUAUAAUUGUGUAUUUGUAGGUAUAAUAGUAAAGCUCUGGUAUUUAAAAAAAAAUGGAUUUCAGACUUUGUUGUCUUUUGGUUGUUGUUCAUCAUUUUGAGUCUGAUUUUGAGGCAAUUUUGAAAACUCAUAGUAGGCAGCUGCUGUCAGAUAAGUUCUGUUCUAAGUUGUCUGUAUCAUUAACGUGAGAGUAUGAGAAGAAGAAUGAGAGCGUUUGUGUCAGUGUUUCAUUUGUGUUGAGUGUGUGUGUGUGUGUGUGUGUGUGUGUGUGUGUGUGUGUGGAGAUGUAUACUGUAUGCACAUAUUUAUAGAGAAUUUAAGAGUCUGUGCCUAAUAAUGUUAUAUAGUUUUGAGGAGAUUUUUCUUAAAGGAUAUUUUUCUGAAGAUGGGAAAUUCGUUGAAGCAAUAAUGAAACAAACUAAAACGAAAACGACAACAAAACCCUGGACUCUGCCUUGUUGUUUUUCUAUGACUUUACAGGUUCAUGAAUUUGAAUUAUUAUCCUGCUGCACACGGUCACACACAAACUUUUAGAUCUACAGUUUUAGAGAUCAAAUGAGUCUUGUUUGUGAGUUAAUGCUGAUCACAUAAUGGUAGUCGUGUCAUUCAGUAUGUAUUAUUUAAAAUAAAGGGAAACAUUAUACCUGAUUACUAUAUGUCUACUGGCAACUAAUUUGAGAAGGCAUGCAUCCCUAAAGGUCCAGUGUGGAGGAUUUAGGGCCA